UAAAAUUAACACAUAUAAAUUAUUAUAUUUUUUAUUAUAAAUGAUUCUUAUUGGAUAAUAUAUUCAAACACAUAAAUUUAUUUUGCAGAAUGAAUGAUAUAUUAAUUCUUGGAGGUAACGGAGCUCUUGGGUCUAUAUGUGUAAAAUAUUUCAAAAGCAAAUUAUGGAGGAUAACAUCUAUAUGUACGAAGUCGAAUGAAUUCGCAGACAAAUCUAUAAUAUUGCCACCAAACGAUCCAAAAUAUUCUAGCCUAGAAUCGCAAUAUGAAAAAAUUGAUCAUGAGAUACAAGAGAUGAAACAAAAUAAAUUUGAUUGUAUUUUAAACGUUGCUGGAGGUUGGUGUGGUGGAAAUGCUGAGAGCAAAGAUUUUAUCAAAAAUUGCGACAUGUCCCUGAAACAUAGCGUAUGGACCUCGUGUAUAGCCGCGCAUCUAGCCUCGAAAUACAUGAAAGAUGGCGGACUCCUUCUGUUAACAGGUGCCAAAGCUUCGUUGCAACCUACUCCUGGUAUGAUAGCCUAUGGAAUGGCCAAAUCUUGCAUUAACAAUUUGACACUGAGUUUAAGUAAAAAAGAUGGAGGGUUGCCGAAUAACUCGACCGUUUUAGCUUUAUUGCCGGUUAUAUUGGACACCCCGAUGAAUCGUAAAUGGAUGCCCGAUUCAGAUUUUUCAAGCUGGACUCCUCUAAAUGAGGUAGCCGAGAAAAUAUUUCAAUGGUGCACCAAGGAAGAAAGUCGCCCCAAAAAUGGGUCAUUAAUCCAAAUUGUAACUAAGGAUAAUAUAACGAAAUUUACACCUGUCGAUAAGUAAGUAAUCAUCUGGAUUGCCCAAACUUUUAUUUAACUUAAAAUUGCAUUCCUAUAUUAUAAAUUUUAUUUAAACCGAUUAUUUAUUUUACAUUAUGAAAAUCAUGAAUAAAUAUUAUUUUCAUUUAAAAAUGUUAUCCAAGCCAUUAAAAAGACAAAUGCCCUAUCUUAUUAUUAUCUUGAAAGUUUAAAAUAUUAACACUAUAUUACUAUCUUGUUUAACCUAUAUUUUAUUUAGAUCAGGUGACUAGAUUAUAAAGAUAUCAAUUAAUUAUUGCAAAAUUUAUUUUACCUUAUAUAAGUGAUUAUGAUUAUAGAAUUGAAGUCUAAGAAAAUCAAAUGUUUUGUCAUCUUCCCUUUAUUUGUAUAAAACAAUUUCAGUUAGAUGUAAAUGGGAUAUAUGACUUAUUUCGAUUACUUUAUUUCUUUAUAUAGAUUAUUAAACCUAUUUUAAAAUGCA